AUGGAGAACAAAACAUUGCUUCUGAUUUUUCUUCAAAUCUUCCUCAUCUUUGGUCAAGCCAAGAGCGAAGAACCGAUGACCUGCUCGAUUUCCAGAUAUGUUAAACAAACAGGACUCGCGAGCGACUGUUUCUGUGCGAUCGCUUUCCUGUAUGAUCCGAGUUUCCCAGCAUGUGCCAUUUGCCGUAGUUGUGUAGUCCAGCCACUUGAUAGCAAGGAAGUCCCAUUUGGAGGUCAUACAAACAAGCAAGGUCAACCUAUACCACCUUCCAUCAAGCUAGCCCGAAUGAAUUCAGCCUAUGACGCGGUUUUCCCGGCCGAAGGAUAUGAUGGCGCCCCCGUUUGUGACCACUAUGAAAGACCGGCUGGCUUGCUCCUUGAUCCAACUUAUGUUCUGCAUUCUAAUGAUAUAUAUCCUACCUUUCUUCUUGGAAUACAAGCUGGACAGGGUGAUGUGGCUAUGGCUUGCAAUGCUACUCUGGCGGCGCAAGUUUAUAAAGAAGCAAUGUAA